UUACUAUACUAGUAUGUUAAGAAGAAGGUCUGACAAAAUAUAAUGCAGUUGGACAUUAUAUUGGAUCAGAUCCUUUUGCAAAUAAUGUAUGAAUUCUGUCAUUUUCCCCCCUCAGUCUCCACUCAUAUACAAAAGAAAUCUGCACAAAUAGAAACCUGAAAAAGGGGCAAAUACUUUUUGACGUCCCUGUAGUAUUGCACUGACAGUUAGUAAACACCAAGCAGUUUUGUCCGGUCUGCCUUGAGGCCUGUGGGUGUGUUCUGCCAGCCCUCUUUGAAGCCUGUAGUCCUGCAGAUAGGUAUCUCUCAGGUUUGAAAGCUCUUCAGAACCAGUUCUGCUGUCUACAGUUGUCCAAGUUCAGGCAUGAUGGAAGGCAUUAUUCCCAAGAGCAAAACCAAAGGUACCGACUUCUGUGGCAUCAACAGCUACUAUUAUAUAAUCCGCUCUGAUCUCGGCUGCUAUAUGCAGUCAAGCAAUUUCAAUAAAGGUUCAGACAUCUCUGUUUUCAGUCUGCACCCUACCUGCAAAAAUGGUGACCAUUACCUUGGUAGUGGAGAUGGCUACUUUUACAUCAUCAAGGGCACGUCAUACCGUAGAGUCAGCAACCUGACGACAGACAGCAGUGCUUCAGUUCACAGCCUUCAUCCCAACUGCCAGGGUGGAGACCACUACCUUGCAGCCUUUGGCAAGUUUUACAUCAUCUUCCAAGGAAAGGGCACUUACCGAAGAACAACAAACAUGAAUCAAGACUCAGAUGCUGUAGAAUACCCGCUGCAUCCCAAAUGCAAAAUCGGUUUGUAUUACUGGGGCCUGCCAAACCACUACUACUUCCUCAAGCCAGUCUCAGAGUGGGGAGUUGAGUACUACAAAGGCACAAACUUCAACAAAGACGAGUGCACUGGUGUCUAUUCUGUUCAUCCUGACGUUCUUAACUUCUUGCCUGGAGGGCUGUCAAUAACUAAAGGCCCAGCCUUUGGCAUUUGGGAGAACAUUAAAACUAUAACUAAUGACAGAAAUUCACCAGUGACAUGGCAAAAGAGAAUUAACAAAAAGGUUGGUUACAACAAGGAGAAGAUGUCUGAGAUCACACACAACUGGAAGAUAGCCAUGUCAACCUCGGCUGAAUCUAAAGACCUCUUAGGGUUAAUUGCAAAGUGCCAGUUCUCCCUUUCUACCGAAUAUGGAGGUUCAUAUGUCAGCACUGAAAACGAAAGCUGGAAUGAAGCAACUGAAGUGGAAGAACAGCUCACAUUGGAGCUGAAGCCAAACGAGCGUGUAUAUCUGUGGCAGUACAAACUGGGUCUUGGUCAAGAAACAGUUUUGUUCUGCCGUGAUUUAAAGAUUGACGAUGAGCCAAACCCUCCAACUGAAGUCCCGCUGCCACCUGCGCAUUCAUGAAAAAAAAUCAGGACUGGUUAACUCCAAGGAUAACCAAGUGCCUCAGUUAAAUACCUUAACUCUAACUUUUCAAACAAUUACUUGGAUAUCUGAAAGCAUUGCUGAAAAAAAAAGCAGAGAGGAGGUUGGUAUAUAGCAAAGCAAUUUUUCAGUUACAGUAGAUGUAACUACUAAAUACAAUACAAUCCAUUGUGGUAUAUAUGAAACUUUGUGUUGAUGAUUAAAAUAAAAUCUCAUGCACUCAAACUGCAAACGAAUCUUAGCAGGCACAGUGGAUUGGGUGGAGGGGGAAAUAUACACUGUAUUCUGUAGUACUUAUGCAUUAGGUGCAUUUAAAAGCUUUGUUUUCCACUUGCCUAUUGUUUAAAAUUUAGAUUUUCAUCUGUAUCCAGUAUAAACUUAUAAUAUAUUACUGAUUAUCAGCAUUACAUAUUUCUAUGAAUCAUAUUUGUUGUCACGGUUUUUUUUUUUUUUUUUUCUUCACUUUCUGUCUUACUGCAUUCUUACUUUAUAGCAUAUACCAUUGGGACUUUGCUUUCAAUAUGUUGAAAUAAAGUUGGUUACUCCAUUUUAAGUCUUAGUGUUUUUCUUCACUAAAACCUAGUCAUAAGAAUGUUUGACAACACCUGUCAUGACUUUGACUUUCUGGACCCUCUGGGUCAGCAUAUAGCCACAGAUAUCCAGAGUUCUUUAAUGUUCAGUUAAUGCAAAGGUGUUUUUUUUCUUUUUUGUUUUUUUUUAAGCUAUGUGUCACGGUACUGCUGGGUAGAGCUCACUCACAAAGGUACAGGUGGCAAGAAUCCGAGGAAGGUAAUCUUUAAUCCACAAAAUCACA